CCGAGCAGUUAGGUAACGUUGUUAUAGUCAUCGUUUUACUCGAUGCGACAAAACGCAUCGCUGCCUCUGAGAGGUUGUUAAACUCCCCGAUAAAUACCCCACAAAUAAUAAUAAUUAAAAUAUGGUUUGACAACAUGGAGGUACUCGAGACGAUCGUGAUACAAAGCAGCGAAGUGGAGGGAAAGGAAACGGUCGUGUCGAGUGCGGACACCGAUAAAACCAAAGCAGAGUUUAUAUGGACCCUGCAGGCCACCUGGCACCUUGUCAACACCCGGCUUGAGAUGGAUCAGGCUUUCGACCAGCCGGUGUGCAAGAAAAAGAAACUUUGGGAGAUGGUGGCAGAGAAAGUGAACGCCAAACUGAGGGAGUCAGAGGUCACCGACGUCACCGUGAAGGCGUACGAGUGUGACCUCAAGUGGAGGAACAUGCUGGCCACGUACAGGAAGAACAGCGAGCGGGCCAAGAGGCUCGGGGCGGCCAGCGUCCACUGGGAGUUCUUCAAGGCCAUGCACGAGGUCCUGGGUAAGAGCCGGGAGGAGAUCGAAGCCCAGAGAAGGGCGAAGCUCAGCGGGACGAGAGUGGGCAAGGCCAUGGCGAGCAAGAGGUUUACCCCCAUCCUCCCCACACCGCCCACGACAGCCGCCCCUUGCUCUGCCCGGCCUCCACAAGACGUCCUCCAGCUGUACAUGGAGCUGCAAGAGAGGAAGAUGAACAUGUGGGCCCAGCAGAAAGCUCUGGAGGAGAGGAAGAUAGAGGCCAUUAACAACCUGGCACAGGCCAUUUCCAGCCUGGCUCAGAAGAACACUACACAGAUGUCAAAGGAUGGACAUUAGGGUCCUUUUGCUCUUACCAAAAACUUAAAUGGUGCUGCAGCAGGAAAAAACUGUUUGCAAUAUAUGUUUUUAGAUUGGUCUUGUUGGCACAUUUUUACUGUUACCGUUUUUUUUAAAGGAUAAAGGUUUGGCCAGUCUGAAUUCUGUAGAGCUGCAUAAAAAGAGACUUCAUGUUACAUAAAAUGGGACAUAUUGGACACAGACUCUUCAGUCGUCCUUUUCUUUUGAUGUAUAGAUUGAAUCAACUAUUAUUUUUAUACCGAGACAGACUUUAUGACAGAAUUAUGGUUCAUUGUAGAGUAAGAAAACCUAAUUUUACUCAUUAAUAAGAUUAAUAUAGGCUAUAAAUGUCAACAACCUCUACAAGAGUGUUAUUUUCUGCAUUGGCCCUUUAAGCAAGCUGAUGGAAAUGACACGAUUACAAUCAUUUGUCAAGAAAGGUCAUAGUUAGACUAAAACUUCAAUAAACAUAUUUAUAACCUAUUAUUAUUAUUCUUAAGAGGUAUCAACUGUAUUCAUAGACACACUUUGACUGAUGUAUUAAUAACAUACACUUUUUUUUGUUCCAAUAAACAAUCCUGCAAUAAAUA